AUGUCGUCCACCCCGGUUUCUGCAGGUUCUGGGCAGUAUGUAUCUCUGUUUAAUCCAGGUGAAAUACAAAGCAACCAGGAAGCCCAGUAUGCUGUUACCGGGGGAAGCUCAUCUCACUCUGGCUUUGAGAAUGAUGAGAACUUGGAAGAUGAUCAUGGCCAAAGCGAAACACACGUCUUUGAGAGCGAAAACACAGCGAUACCAUUUUCCAGCGAUAUUGGUAACUCUGAUGACGAAGAGUAUGGACCUCCAUCUUCAUUUGAAGAGAUGGAGAGAAGUUCUCCGCGUAUGAAUAAAUUUCAUGGGCCACCAUCUACCUGGAGAAGCUGGACCAAACGGGAACGCAACGAAUUUGCCGCAUUGGAAACCAUACAGUCAAGAGACCUUUCCAUUCACCUAUACAACUCGUUUGUGCUUAAGAACAAAGCAAAGAAAAUUAAGGCUAGGGCAUUGGUGGGGAGAGCGUUUGAUGGAGCUUCGAUUGAAGCACCGUACGAUUCUCUGCCAUCAUUUGCUCCUAACAGGGGCUGGACAGCUUGGCCUAUGCCUGCUGACGAAGUUCCCAGAGCGGAUGAACGUAUCAACAGAGAUCCAGACGAUACCUGGACAAUUAGCAUGGCCCCAGACGACAGGCCAAGUGCGGAAUUGGAAGAAUGUAUCAUUGCCCACAUGAUGAGAAUAUCCAGGCAAAGGUUUGAUGCAAGACCCUGGGACUGGCGCGGUGCUCAACGCUUUGAGAGGGAGGGAUCGCUGGAACAAAUGAAUAACGAAAAUCCGCCUCCCCAGGAUGAAAACGGAUCAAGGGAAUCUGUCCCGCCCGGACCUGAGCUCCAUCCUGUAACACAGGUUGAUGAUGAGGAGUCUAGGAGGCUCCUUCGCCCGGAGGCACGAAAUAUCCUGGAAAAGCUUGACGGUCUUUUACUGAAUCUCCAGGCGGCACGAAAUACAUGCACUGCAAUGUCCCGGAGAUCGAUAAAAGAGCAGGAACCGUCAAACCCAAGAACCAAAAAUAGCUCAUUAAGUGACGAGGCUAGUUCUCCAAGCCAAAAAAGCCUCUCUCACUCUGUGGUAGAGUCUGAGGACGAUGAUGACGGUGAUGGUAGCGAAGGCGAAAUUACCCCCAAUUCACUGUUACAACAUCCCGAGAAUAAUUCUGAUAGCUUUAUACUUACCCAGUCUUCACAUGUGAACACUCAAAAACGGCCUGUACGGUUUGGCCUUCGUGACUGGAGUGAGAUUCUCGGCGUGGCCUCGUUGACUGGGUGGCCAACCGAUGCAGUCCUGAGGGCUUCUAGACGGUGUGCAGAUCUGUUUGGCGAAGACCAAGUAUUUACGACGAUGGACGAAGGUAGAGUGCAACUUGGGAAAACAGAUAAUGGCAUGCCAUGCUGGAAACACACGGACUCAGAUCAGUCAUUUAUGGAAGCCAAAGCGAUGGAAAGCGGACCAAUAUUCGGUGGCAUUGAAAAUCCAAAACAAGAUGCAAGAUACUGUCCCGUUGCAGGCUGUCCGCGUCAAUUGAGAGGAUUUUCCAGGGCAUGGAAUCUUAACCAGCAUCUUAAAAAGGCCCAUGCGGAUCUACUAGCGGAGUCAAAAGUUCAGCUUGCCAAGCGGGUGUAUAAAUGA